AUGAUGGUAAUAUUUUAUCUCUUCCCAUUUUUACUAUCUUUUUCCGGCAUCAACGGACAACUACCCACGGUCGAGGUUCACCACCACCUUUCGUCCGACGUCGUCGGACUCGAAACUAAUAUCGACGUCAAUUUCUCAUUCCCGAAUCCCAGACUGAAGAGCGCUUACGUGGCUUUACAUGCAUGGAAAAAGGCUAUUUAUUCGGACCCAUCUAAUAUUACGGGAAACUGGGUGGGGCCCGAUGUUUGCUCAUACAACGGCGUGUUUUGUGCGAACGCUCUCGAUGAUGACAACCUCACUGUGGUUGCCGGCAUUGACCUCAACCAUGCGGACAUAGCCGGCCACCUCCCCUGUGAGAUCGAGUAUUUGGGGGACAUUAGUCUUCUCCACCUCAACUCCAACCGCUUCUGUGGGAUAAUACCCGAAGGCAUCAAGAAGCUGAAACUUCUCUAUGAGCUUGACGUGAGCAACAACCGUUUUGUGGGCCCUUUCCCCGAGCCGGUUCUUGAGCUUCCCGAGUUGAAAUAUCUUGACCUUAGGUUUAACGAUUUCGAAGGGGAACUACCGUGCGAGCUUUUUAACAAGCCGCUCGACGCCAUUUUCCUCAACGACAAUCGUUUUCAUUCGACCAUCCCGGAGAACAUCGGCAACUCGCCGGCCUCGGUGGUGGUGAUAGCCAACAACAACAUCACGGGCUGCAUCCCGGCCAGCAUCGGGAACAUGGCCGGAAAACUAGACGAAUUGAUCUUCUCCGGGAAUAAUCUCUCCGGCUGCUUGCCGGAGGAGAUCACGCUGCUCAACACGACAACGGUUUUGGACAUUAGUGAUAACAACUUCUUCGGGGAUUUACCCGUUGGCUUGGAGUAUCUCCAAAGCCUGGAGGUCGUCAAUAUCGCGAGCAAUAGAUUUAGAAGCAAGGUGCCCGACACGAUCUGCACGCUGCCGAGCCUGAAGAAUUUUACUUUCUCGUUUAACUAUUUCGAUGCCAAAGACGAGGAGUGCGAUCCGAGUGCAUUGGUUGGGGUCGUUUUUGAUGAUGAGGAGAAUUGUUUGGCAGGGGAGAAAAAGCAGAGGUCGGAAAAUGAGUGUGGGUCAGAAUUAAGCAAGAAAGUGGAUUGUAGCAAGGCAGGAUGCAGAGGGGGUGACAAGGGGAGCUCGCCAAAGCCCAGGCCUCCGAAAGGGUCGCCAGAACCGAAAAAACCUCCAACAAAGUCUGAGCCACCCAUGGUAUCUCCUUCACCGAAGCCGUCUCCUGUCCCAGCUUCGCCCAACCAGCCAGUGGUGGAGCCUCCCAAGACUUCUUCUACGAAACCACCACACUCUGACCCUCCAACUCCACAUGCACAAUCUCCUAAGAUUGUUGUACCUUUGCCUCCAAAGGCACAACCUUCUCCAGCCCCAAAGGCGGCACAACCUCCUCCUAAGGCCGAUGUACCUUCCAUCCCCAAGGAACAACUUCCUAAGCCUUUUGUACCUCCAACUCCAAAAGUACAACCUCCUAAGAUAGAUGCCCCUCCAAGACCUCCUAAGGCUACUAUGCCACCCACACCCAAGGCACAACCUCCAAAUCCUAAUAUACCAUCAAUUCCAAAAGCACAACCUCCUAAGACUGACGUACCUUGGGCGCCAAAGCCACAACCUCCUAAGGUUAUUGUACCACGAGCGCCAAAGGCACAACCUCCAAAAGUCAAUGUACCACUGGCACCAAAAGUACAAUUGACACCAAAGGCACAACCUACACCACCAAGGGCAUUGGUUCCACCAUUCAUAGCUAGACCACCAUCUCCGACUCCAAAGAUAGUUCAACCCAAUUCUCCUUCAUCACCAAUAAAGUCAGUCACUCCACCACCACCGUCGCCCAUUUUCUCAAAACCACCAUCACACUCUCAUUCACCACAACCAUCACCAUCACCAGUAGAACACUCAUCUCCACCACCAUCAAUUAACUCUCCGACUUUUUCACCACCAAUUAACUCUCCGCCACCACCACCGCGUGUCCACUCCCCUCCACCACCACUAAUUAACUCCCCGCCACCACCACCACGUGUCCACUCUCCACCACCACCAAUUAACUCUCCGUCACCACCACUUGUCCACUCUUCGCCACCACCAAUUAACUCGCCACCGCCACCACUUGUCCACUCUCCAUCACCACCAAUCAACUCCCCGCCACCACCACGUAUCCACUCUCCACCACCACCAAUUAACUCUCCCCCACCACCACGUAUCCACUCUCCACCACCACCAAUUAACUCUCUCCCACCACCACGUAUCCACUCUCCACCACCACCAAUUAACUCUUCCCCACCACCACGUGUCCACUCUCCUCCACCACCAAUUAACUCCCCGCCACCACCACCACGUGUCCAUUCUCCGCCACCACCACGUGUCCACUCUCCACCACCACGUGUCCAUUCUCCGCCACCACCACGUGUCCACUCUCCACCACCACCACCACCACGUGUCCAUUCUCCGCCACCACCACGUGUCCACUCUCCACCACCACCACCACGAUUCCACUCUCCACCACCACCAAUUAACUCUCCGCCGCCACCACCACCACGAUUCCACUCUCCGCCACCACAACGGGUCCACUCUCCACCACCACCACCAGUUAACUCUCCACCACCACCAACUUUUUCACCACCACCACCAUCAGCGCCAUUAUCCCCACCUCCUUAUGUAUUUCCUCCCAUUGUAUUCCCACCUAUUUUGGGCGCCCACUACGCAUCUCCACCACCACCAGCUAUUCCAGGCUAUUAA